UGUGUGUGUGUGGGUAUCUAUAUGUAUGUGUAUUUCCCUUCAGAGAAAAUUUCAAUUCUGAAUGAUGAUAACGACAAUCCGGUGAUUCAAUUCAUUCAAUAGCCCAAGGCUGCUGCAAAUAUUCAUCUUUCUGAGUUUCUGUCGGUUGAAUUUGGAAGGCACGUGAUUCUCACGGACGUGCCCAUAUAUCCCGUCUUCGCGGCAUCAAGCUGCUUCAUUCGCGUCUUCGUUUCUGCUUCUGGCGCCUUCGGGCAAGAGCAACGGGGAAAUCUCUCCAGAGUUCUAAAGACCAGGAUUCCUCCUUUGUCAAGAACUCUGCGUUACUCUUGCCGCAUCUCUUUCCAUUUCCAUGCCCAAUGGCUUCUUUGUCAGGAUAACCGAAUCGGGAAUUGUCAGCUGAAAUCCGCCCGCUAGUCUGUGCUGCCUGCCCUUCAUCCAAAAAUGGGCUGUUUCUACUCUAAGGCAGGACGUAAGAGAAGGUCACCUGUGGGGGAGGACCCUUUAGUUCUGGCAUCAGAGACAGCCUUCAGUGUUAGUGAGGUUGAAGCACUGUUUGAGCUUUUCAAGAGCAUCAGCAGUUCGGUUGUUGAUGAUGGACUAAUCAGCAAGGAAGAGUUUCUCUUGGCGAUUUUCAACAAUAAAAGAAAGGACAAUCUCUUUGCUGGUCGAAUCUUUGAUAUGUUUGAUGUUAAGAAUAAGGGAGCCAUUGAUUUUGGCGAUUUUGUUAGAUCACUCAGUGUCUUCCACCCUAAAGCAUCACAAGAAGACAAGAUAGACUUUUCAUUUAGGCUUUAUGAUAUGCAGAAUACUGGUUUUAUUGAGCGCCAAGAGGUCAAGCAAAUGUUAAUUGCUCUUCUUUCAGAAUCUGAAAUGAAGUUGGCCGAUGAUGCAUUAGAAAAAAUACUUGAUAAGACUUUCUUGGAUGCUGAUACAAAUCAAGAUGGGAAAAUAGACAAGUCCGAGUGGGAAAACUUGGUUGCCAAGAAUCCAUCGCUACUAAAAGUCAUGACCCUACCCUACCUGAGGGACAUAACAACCACCUUCCCAAGCUUUGUUUUUAAUUCCAAGGUGGACGAAAUCACAAAGUGAGAAGUUAUCUAUUUAGUUU